AUGGGUCAAAGACCAUCGGGAGGUUUAAAUCGGCAAGGAGAUCGGAAACCUGAUGGUGGCGAGAAGAAAGAGAAGAAGUUCGAGCCGGCUGCACCACCGGCUCGUGUCGGGAGAAAGCAGAGGAAACAUAAAGGUUCUGAGGCGGCGGCUCGACUCCCGACGGUGACAGUGCAAGCUCCGGUUACUGAAAUUGGAUCGGCUAAUGAAUAG